AUGUCACGUCAGGUGUUCGGCCUGGAUGGGCUCAAUCUGGUGGAGGAAGCGCGAAUCGAAGGGGCCAUCCGAGAAGUCAGGCGCAUCGCAGAUACCAAUCCUUCUGCCCCAGAAUCGUGGGAACAACGGCUACACGUCGCGAGGACGGCGAUCGCAACCUUGGACUCGACAGGGUUCAUGCAGAUGCCUAACAGAAGUAUUGACCGUACAUUCGUCAUCGCUUCGUUGCAAAGUCUGGCUUAUCAUGAUGCGGAAGGCGCUGGAGUCGCCGAUAUCGCGGAGUGGUGUAUGAAUCAGUGGUUGUUAUUACUACAGAGAAACACAGAUGAUCUUUCCGCGCUCAGGGGUCUGGGUCAAGCGUGGCUAGCUCGAUCUCAAAAUGUUCUUGCCCGAAUCCAUCGAACCGAAGGCAGCUCCUCUAGCGGGAGCAGUGGCCGGCCUCAGAGCCUAAGCGAGAGACUGUCAUAUUCAACGGCUGAAGAAUUCAGGGAUGCAGAACGCGCAACUGCCGAAGCUGAUGCCAGAGCACACACGGCCGAUUAUGUGGAAGCACGCGGAAUGCUCAUUCCGGCGGUCGACUAUUUCUCUAGGGCUGUCGACGUGGCCGAAAGGGAGGGAGAACUCACCGGGGAGCUGCUCUCAGAGGUCAGGACGAUUUCCUCCUUGGUCCAUAUACCCACCGCCAUCUCCGCACGUCAAAUUUGGAAAUAUAACGACUGA